GUCCGAUCCAUCGAUCAAUCUGCUAAUAUAAUUAACCGCGCUAGCUUUUCAUCAAUUCCAUCCAUUACAUAUUCACCCAUCAUAAUUUCCUUCUUUGUUUAGUAUAUUAACCAGUCUAUAUAAUCAUCACAUCAAUUCUGAGCUUUCUCGAUCGUCUACUACUGUUUCAUAACCGAUUGAUCACUUGAGAUCGAACGUACUGUUCGAUCAAAAUGAGGUUGAUGUCCGAUCGUUCUUUUGGGUUUUCUCUUUUGGUUCUUUUGUUUGUGAAUGCUGUUUCCGCGGCCACAUUGGUUGAUGACCUAAAGUUUCUUCCUCACCCGCACCCGCACUUAGGUUUACCCUUCGGCCGGAAAGGGCUGGGUCAUGGGUUUGGUCCUGGUGGCGGUUUAGGAGGUGGUGCCGGUGGAGGUUUUGGAGGGGGUGGUGGUGCCGGUGGAGGCCUUGGUGGUGGCGCUGGUGGAGGUUUGGGAGGGGGCGGUGGUUUGGGAGGUGGCGCUGGUGGAGGGCUUGGAGGUGGUGCUGGCGGAGGGUUAGGAGGUGGUGGGGGACUUGGAGGAGGUGGAGGACUUGGAGGUGGAGCUGGUGGGGGUGCUGGUGCAGGUGGAGGAUUUGGUAAAGGAGGUGGCAUUGGGGGUGGACUUGGUGGUGGUGGUGGAGCUGGGGGUGGUGGGGGACUUGGAGGCGGUGGUGGACUUGGUGGUGGAGCAGGUGGGGGUGCUGGUGCCGGUGGUGGGUUUGGUAAAGGAGGUGGCAUUGGGGGUGGUCUUGGAGGAGGUGGCGGAGCUGGGGGUGGUGGCGGUCUUGGAGGAGGUGCCGGGGGCGGUCUUGGAGGUGGUGCCGGAGCCGGUGGAGGAUUUGGCAAAGGAGGUGGCAUUGGGGGUGGAGCUGGUGGUGGUGGUGGACUCGGUGGUGGUGGUGGGGGUGGCUUGGGAGGAGGAGGUGGACUAGGAGGAGGGGCUGGUGGUGGUGCCGGUGGGGGCUUUGGAGGAGGUGCUGGUGGAGGUGCCGGAGGUGGGCUUGGUGGUGGAGCAGGUGGUGGCGGUGGAGCGGGAGGUGGUGGUGGACUAGGAGGUGGGGCAGGUGGUGGUGCCGGUGGAGGCUUUGGAGGAGGCGCCGGUGGUGGUGCCGGAGGUGGGCUUGGUGGCGGAGCAGGUGGUGGUGGUGGAGCGGGAGGUGGUGGUGGACUAGGAGGAGGAGCUGGUGGAGGUGUCGGAGGUGGAUUUGGAAAAGGUGGAGGUGUUGGCGGUGGACUUGGCGGUGGAGCCGGCGGCGGUGGUGGAGCAGGAGGUGGGGGUGGACUAGGAGGAGGAGCUGGUGCCGGAGGUGGAUUUGGAAAAGGUGGGGGUAUUGGUGGUGGAUUUGGGGGUGGAGCAGGGGGUGGAGCAGGCGGUGGUGGAGGUUUGGGAGGCGGAGGUGGAUUAGGGGGAGGAGCCGGAGCUGGGGCUGGUGGAGGCUUUGGUAAAGGAGGCGGCAUUGGAGGUGGACUUGGUGGUGGGGCAGGAGGGGGUGGUGGAGCAGGAGGAGGACUAGGGGGAGGUGCUGGAGCUGGUGCCGGUGGAGGCUUUGGAGGAGGUGCAGGCGGUGGCGCCGGAGGUGGUCUUGGUGGCGGAGCUGGCGGAGGAGUUGGUGGUGGCUUAGGAGGUGGAGGUGGAGUUGGAGGAGGUGCAGGUGGAGGUUUCGGCAAAGGAGGAGCGGUAGGGGAUGAACUGUCUGGUGGUGCAGGAUUAGGCGGAGGAGCCGGAGCAGGAGGUGGCCUUGGAGGAGGCCUAGGCGGGGGAGCAGGUGCCGGUGGAGGACUAGGAGGCGGCGCAGGACUUGGAGGAGGUGCAGGUGCAGGUGCGGGUGCCGGUGGAGGAUUAGGAGGAGGAGCUGGUGGAGGUCUUGGUGGAGGUGCAGGUGGUGGUGGAGGACUUGGAGGCGGUGCAGGUGGUGGAUUAGGGGGAGGAGCUGGUGGUGGUGGUGGACUUGGAGGUGGUACAGGUGCGGGUGGAGGAGCUGGUGGAGGUCUCGGCGGAGGAGCUGGUGGAGGUCUCGGCGGAGGAGCAGGUGGUGGAGGAGGACUAGGAGGUGGUGCGGGUGCCGGUGGAGGAUUAGGAGGAGGAGCUGGUGGAGGCUUGGGCGGAGGAGCAGGCGGUGGUGGUGGACUUGGAGGAGGGGCUGGUGGAGGUGCCGGUGGUGGUGGAGGAUUAGGAGGUGGGGCUGGAGGUGGAGCUGGGGGAGGGUUCGGAGGCGGUGCAGGUGGAGGCGCAGGUGGAGGCGCAGGUGGAGGCGCAGGUGGUGGUGCAGGAGGCGGGUUCGGUGGAGGCGCAGGUGGUGGUGCAGGAGGCGGGUUCGGUGGAGGCGCAGGUGGUGGUGCAGGAGGCGGGUUAGGUGGUGGUGCAGGAGGCGGUGGCGGCUUUGGCGGAGGUGGUGGCUUUGGGGGUGGACAUUGAUCAAUACAAUCCAGGCUGCAUGGCUAAGGAAAAGAAUUCAUACACCCCAUCGUUAUAUAUUCGAUAUGGUGUAUGCGUUAAAAAUUAUAAAGUUGUGCAAUUAUAUUCUUUGGGCUAAGCCAAGCCUAAAUUAUUGCAUUAUGUAUGAUCGAUCUAUAUGUAUCAUUUUGAUUACUAUUAUAUAAGAAAUGAAUGAACAAUUACAUAUCGGAUUGCCAUGAUUUCAUGCACGUACGUACUCCAUGCAUUACUUUGCAUAUAUAUAUAGUGAUUAGUGUGUAAAUUAAAAUGAUCGAAUGAUAUUGCACCAAAGAAAUGCGC